AUGGCAGAAGCAAACAGCAACGGUCCGGUGCGCGACAGCCAGCGGGGCAUGCAGCAGCACGCGGAAGGCCCCGCGGCAAUGCUCGCCAUCGGCACGGCGAACCCGACGGGCACCGUAGUACCCCAGGAUGAGUUCGCCGACAGCUUCUUCCGCGCGACCAAGAGCGAGCACCUUACUGAACUCAAGGAGAAGCUAAAGAGAAUUUGCAAGAAUACAUGCAUUGAGAAACGGCACUUCCACCUGAAGGAGGAAUCAGUUGAUGCCCACCCGGAGUUCCUCGAUAGAGAGCUGCCAUCCCUCGACGCCCGCAUCGACAUGGUUGCCACCGCUAUCCCAAAGCUCGCGCACUCUGCCGCAACCAAGGCCAUCGACGAGUGGGGCCGUCCAGCCACCGACAUCACCCACCUCGUCUUCGUCACCUUCUCCGCCGUCCAAGCACCUAGCGCCGACCUCCAGCUGGCCUCGCUCCUUGGCCUCCGCCCCACGGUCUGCCGCACCAUACUCAGCCUACAUGGCUGCAGCGGUGGCGGCGCGGCGCUAAACCUAGCCAAGCAGCUCGCUGAGAACAACCACGGCGCGCGCGUCCUCGUGGCUUGCUCUGAGAUAACGCUGAUCAGUUUCCGCGCCCCUGACAGGAACAGCCUCGUUUGCCAAUCCUUAUUCAGUGACGGCGCCGGCGCUGUUAUCGUCGGAGCCGGGCCUUUCCGUGAAGGCGAACGCGCUCUAUUCGAGAUGGUCUCUUCCACCCAGACUGCGAUACCAAGCACCGAGCAUGUGCUCAAUAUGCAGGUCUCAGAAGCGGGCGUAGAAUUCCACGUCGGCAUCGAGGUGCCGAUGCUAAUAGGACAGAACAUCCAGCAAUGCCUCCAAGACACGUUCAGUAGGGCUCCAGUGUGCUCUUGGAACGACCUCUUCUGGGCGGUGCACCCAGGUGGCCGUGCUAUCUUGGAUAACAUAGACACUGUGCUCAAGCUAGAGCCAGGGAAGUUGGUAGCCAGCCGACAUGUGCUUCGCGAGUACGGCAACAUGAGCGGCGCAACGAUAAUAUUCGUGCUUGAUGAGUUGCGCCGCCGUAGGAAUGAGGAGGAUCCACUGCCAGAGUGGGGCGUGAUGCUCGCCUUCGGACCAGGAAUCACAAUCGAGGCCAUGGUGCUGCGCGCACCCUCUCACAACAGAAAAUAA